AUGGUGCUCGGCGUCGGCAGGUGUGAGAAGCUGACCCAGGAGGUCAGCCAGUCUCCUCUGAAAUAUGAGGACGUGGUGGUUUUACCCAUCUGGAAGACACGGCCUUUCAAGUGCGUCGUGUCUUUACUCGUCAUCCUUCUCAUCCUGGUUUUGGCCGGAGGAAUGGCGCUAGCCUGGUAUUUCUUGGGGUACAGAGUCUGGGUGCUGGAGCCUCGCGUUCUGCAGCGUUACGCAGCCUACUUGACCAUCUUGAACAGGAACUUCUCUGAUGAGCUGUCCUCUCAGAGCAGUCCUGCUUUUGAAGAGGAGGCCAAGGGUGCCCAGAACAUAGUAGAGGGGAUUCUAAGGAGGUCGGUUCUUUGCCAUUACCUGAACAGCACCACCGUGUUUGCCUUUGGACAGGGAAGUGUCGUGGCUCAUUUUUGGAUCCUGAUGUCCGUCCCCAGCAGCCAUGUUGAAAGGGUCACCUUGGGAAGGGUCACCAGCAGCCUGGAGGAGGGUCUGGUUGUGUUGGAAGACACAAAACCAGACAACUUCAGUGGAUACCGCUUCCAUAUUCCCUCGUUGUCUGUUACUGGGCAUGUCCGCCCAGUAGGAGGCCAAGGGAAAGACCGAGGACAUGUUGGGGAGAUUAUGUCACCCCAACGCCUCGGUAUCGCCCAGGAGGAGCUGGACAAAGUGGUUGACUGUUACCACUAUGAAAAUGUCGCGUCAGGCAACCCCUUGGCCCUCCGCGGCCCAGACACGCAGCACUCUUCCUGCACGUGGCAUCUCCAGGCUUCCCCCGGUUUCCAGCUGGCGCUCCGCGUGGGCUUGCUGGUGGCGGACCACGGGGGCCGGCUGCUGGUGUACGACUCAGUCACGCCCUCCGACGCUCACCUCAUUGCCCCCGUUUAUGGCAGUGGCAGACAUAAUGUCACGAGCUUCAUGUCGUCAGGCCAGUGGAUAACGGCAGUUUGGAAACGAGUUGGAGUCAUUGCCCACAAGGACCCCAUUUCUCUUAAUGUACAGGCCUGGGACCAGCAAGACUGUAACUUCACCAUAGAGCUGAAGGCAGUCUGGGAGGUCCAGGGGUCGCUGAGGACGCCCUUCUACCCCAGCUACUACCCCCCCAACACCAACUGUACAUGGACAUUCCUUAUGCCAAGUCCUGACGCGGGUUUGACUCUGUCCUUUGAGGGCUACAACCUGAGCAGAGCCAGCUACGACCAGACCUGUACGCAGGAACGGUGGAUCAUACAGAACCGCAGGUUUUGUGGCAGGCGAGGUCUUCUCCCCUACAGAGAGCGCCUCGUCCCGUCCUCCACGUGGGCGAGCGUCAUCAUGACCUCCGAGGUGUCGGGACCGGGGCUGCAGCUGCACUACAGCAUCUUCAACCUCACACGACUGUGUGUGGCCCAGUUCCAGUGCCCUGAGGACAGUCGGUGUGUGGACUACUACAAAUUGUGCGAUCAACAUCCAGACUGCACCGAUACCUUGGACAAAAUCAACUGUACUCAAGGUAUGCAGUGCACAAACAUGACCUACGUUUGUGCUGAUGGGACGUGUCUGAAGAAGCCAAACCCACAGUGUGAUUUUGUUCCUGAUUGUCCUGACGCCUCAGACGAGACACAAUGCGACUGCGGCCUGAGACAGUUCUCCAGCCGCAUUGUGGGGGGAGUGGACGCCUCAGAGGGGGAGUGGCCAUGGCAGGCGAGCUUGCAGGUAGAGGGCAACCACAUCUGCGGCGGCGCCCUGGUUUCCAGCCAGUGGGUGGCAACUGCCGCGCACUGUUUCUAUGACGACCGCCUCUACUCGCCCUCAAUGUGGACCGUCUAUUUGGGGAAGGUCCUACUUAACGCCAGCGGCCCUAAAGAAGAAGCGGCGCGAGUUCAGAGCGUCCACGUCCACCGUGACUACAACAACAAGUCCUACGACUAUGACCUGGCCCUGCUCAAGCUGGACCGCUCGGCGUACACCAUGGCCGCCGAUCACGCCCGGCCCGCCUGCCUGCCUCCCCGCACCCACCGGCUAGAGCCCGGUCUGCUAUGCUGGGUCACCGGCUGGGGGGCACUCCGCGAGGGAGGUCAAACGGGAGUGGUGCUCCAGAAGGUGGACGUCCGCCUGGUCGGCGAGGAGGCCUGCGCUCGGUCCUACGGCCACCUGGUCACUCCCAGAAUGCUUUGCGCUGGAUACCGCAGCGGAGGCAAGGACUCCUGUCAGGGGGACUCUGGUGGGCCUCUGGUGUGUCAGGAGAAGUCCGGUCGCUGGUUCCUGGUCGGGGUGGUGAGCUGGGGCAAAGGCUGCGGCCGCCCAGACUACUAUGGCGUCUACACUCGCAUCACGAGUCUGAGCGAUUGGAUAGGGAUGGUCAUCGGUGUCUCCGGAGGUGCCUCCGUCACGUCAACAUGGACAUCAACAACCAGAACUUCGGAACUAAAUAGGUCCCCAGUUUUACGUAGAACGCCUCCAGGGUCCUAAAAAUCUAAUGUUCACUUGCUAAUUGCUAAUCAAACUAACAUGCUUGCCAUUCUGACACGUGUAUUUCCGGUUCUUUGCGCUAAAAGCUAACAUUUAAGCUAGCAUGAGUUGCCAUCCUAGCACAGCUACGUUUAAUGCACCACACUAAAGUCUGAGCUAAUGACACAUUUUAGAUUAGGCAGUAGGGGUGUGACUCUUUGGGCAGCUAACGAUUUGAUCCGAUUCUUAGGGUGAUGAUUCGAUUCAGAAUCGAUUCUUGAUUCAACACAAUUCUAGAAUCAAACCGAUUCUCGCAUUAUUUGGUAUAUUCAUUAUAUGGAACUUUUUCAAAACAGGUUACAUAUUAGAACAUCUUCUGGUCGUCAUGACUUGGUCCUGGAGUUUAGUUUUUCUAGAAGGCAACGGAAAGUUGGCUCGGGCGAGACGGGAAUGUAGGUACAUUUUUAUUUAAACACUAUAAAUACAAAACAAGGAAGUAAACAAAAGGCGCGCACAAUGGCGGAGAACAAACUAUGAAACCAAACAAUUGCACAAAGGCAAAAACUAUGAACAACAAAAAACACUAACUGUGGCAAUAAUAAACAAAACUUACUUGGGAUGGACAAAAAGGAGCAGCGUGAACGAUGGACAUGAAAAAAGAGUCAGAAAUGUGCAGAGCAUAAAUGUGGGGAUGUCACCAGAAAGACAAACUGAAAAAUAAUGAAC